AUGUCAACUUCUACCAACUCAACACCCACCCCUCAUGAUAUCGAUGUCCUCAUCGUCGGCUCAGGAUCUGCCGGCCUCGCCGCUGCCACAUGGCUGUCAGUUCUUGGCAUAUCAUCUCACAACCUUGAGGACCCGACGUCCGGUGGCGUCACCGUUCUUGAGAAGCGUCCUGGGCCCAUGACUAUGGGCCAAGCAGAUGGUGUGCAGUGCCGCACUGUCGAGAUGUUUGAGUCGUUCGGCAUAUCAGAAGAGCUGCUGAGGGAUGCGUAUCAUGUGCUGGAGAUCGCCUUCUGGCAGGACUCCAAAGACGGCAAGGGCCUCAAACGAGUCCGCUACAGCGAGGAUACGAAAAAGGGCCUCAGUUGGCAGCCGCAUGUGAUCUUGAACCAGGCAAGAGUGAAUGGGCUCUUGUUGGGCAAGAUGGCAAAAGAAGGGGGCAUGAAGGUGCAAUACGGGUGGGAAGUCAAGCAUGUCGAGCUCAUUGAGAAUGGUAAACGUGUCAAGGUCGUUGCCGAAAACCUCGAGGGCCAAGUCCAGGGUGAGUGGAGGGCCAAGUACGUCCUUGCCUGUGAUGGUGCCCACAGCAACGUUCGCCGCGCUAUCGGCUACCAGAUGAUCGGCGACACUACCGACGCUGUUUGGGGUGUCAUGGAUGUAUACCCUCGAACAAACUUCCCCGAUAUCAGGAAAAAGGCCACUCUGCAUACCGACGAAGGCGUCUUGUUAAUCAUUCCUCGCGAGGGCGGCGAUUUGGCCCGCUUCUACAUAGCGAUGCCUCCCGGCACGAAGCCUAAGGAAGUCAAGCUAGAAGAUCUGCAAGAGGUUGCGCGCAAGAUCUUUGCGACUGGAGGAUACCAGAUGGAUAUUGCCGGCACUUUUUGGUGGAGUGCCUACUCUAUCGGACAGCGACUGGCUUCGGGGUUCAGUCUCGGCAACCGCAUCUUCCUCACAGGCGACGCUUGCCAUACCCAUUCCCCGAAGGCCGGCCAGGGAAUGAAUGUGAGUCUGCAAGACGGUUACAACAUCGGCUGGAAGCUCGGCAUGGUUCUCAAGGGCCAGGCCGACCCCUCACUACUCCAUACAUAUGACUUUGAACGCGGCAAAGUUGCAGCAGAUCUCGUCGAGUUCGACAGAAACUGGACCAAGACCAUCGCGAAGCACACCGACCCCGAGUCCGGUACUACCAAUGAAACGGCCAUCAGCGACGCAUUUAUCAAGACGGCAAAAUACACUGCAGGCCUGACGUCGAAAUAUGAGCAGUCAAGUUUGACUGACGCCAAGGGCAGCAAACAGGAGCUCGCCACGGAAGUGACGGUUGGCAUGAGAUUUCCGAGCUCGCAAGUUGUGAGGUUCUGCGACGCAAAAGCUAUGCAGUUAUCGAGAGCUCUGAAAGCCGAUGGCAGAUGGAGGCUGGUGAUCUUCGUCGGCGAUCUUCAGGAGAAUGGGAAGAAAGCCAGGCUGGACAAGCUCGGGGAAUACCUGGACUCGGCCCAAGGCCCAGUGCGAGCCGCAACACCUCUCAACGCAGAUAUCGACAGCGUUAUUGACCCUAUUGUCGUGCUCCAUGGCAAGCGGCACGCUACGGAGCAAGAACAGAUCCAUCCAUUCUUCUGGCCUACAACAGGCAAAUGGGGCAUGCGAGACCUCCACAAGACCUUCGUCGACGAUGAGAGCUAUAAUUCAGGACACGGUCAUGCCUAUGAGAACUGCGGCAUCGACCCCAAGCACGGCGCCCUUGUCAUUGUCAGACCUGAUCAAUACGUCUCCAAGGUCAUCUCUGUCGACGACCACGCCGCCAUUGGCUCAUUCUUCGCUGGCUUCCUGAAAAGACCUGCAUCUACAUUGCCUAAUUAG